AGUGCCCUUACAACAAUGAAAUACAGAUGUUACAUAUAUCAUGAGGUAUAAGAUCAACUUUUCAGAAAAGCAACAGUAACCAGCAAAGGAAGAUUAAUGUCUAUAACUGCCCUCACUGGAAGAGUUACGGGCUAUAACUGCCCUCACUGUGCUCGCAACUGUGCAUUCAUGUUCUGUCAUUGGACCAUUCUGAAAUGGAGCUGCAUACCUCUGCCACCAGGUGAUAUUUCACCUGCUUUACACAAAGGAAGUCUUUUUGUGAAGAAAUGGCCUCCAGCGUUGGAAAUGAAAAGAGUGUGAAUCCUGUGCUCAGAAUAAGUCAACUUGAUGCUCUUGAACUAAACAAAGCCUUGGAACAACUAGUGUGGUCCCAGUUUACCAGCUGUUUUCAUGGAUUUAAACCAGGGGUGUUGGCUCAUUUUGAACCAGAAGUAAAAGCGUUUUUAUGUCUUAUAUUAUGGAAAUUCACUAUCUAUUCCAAGAAUGCAACUGUGGGACAGGCUAUUCUCAAUAUUCAAUACAAGAAUAACUUAUCUCAGACGGAGAAAUACCAACCUCUGAGCAAACACCAGAAGUUAUGGUAUCUAAUUUUCACUGUUGGUGGAAGAUGGUUGGAAGAAAGAUGUUAUGAUUUAUUUAGCAAUCGUCAACAGCAAUCUUUCUGCAAAAUUAAGAGCUGUAUUAGUUUUGGAUCUGGACUUCUUAAGCUUUGUGGACUUCUAAAUUUUCUGAUUUUUCUUCAGAAAGGAACAUUCGCAACCCUUACAGAACGCAUUCUAGGAAUUAGGUCAGUUUUUUGCAAGCCGCAAAGUGUUCGUCAGAUAGGAUUUGAAUACAUGAACAGGGAGCUCUUAUGGCAUGGCUUUGCUGAAUUUUUGAUAUAUCUGCUACCACUCAUUAAUGUACAGAAACUGAAACUUAAAAUUUCUUCUUGGUGCUUGCCUAUCACAGGUCUUUCCAAUAGUGAAAACACAUUAGCAGUUCACUGCAGGGAGUGUUCACUAUGUGGGGAAUGGCCUACCAUGCCACAUACCAUAGGCUGUCCACAUGUUUUUUGUUACUACUGUAUUAAAAGUAACUUUUUAUUUGAUAUGUAUUUUACGUGUCCUAAAUGUGGCUCAGAGGUACACAAUCUUCAACCAUUGAAGUAUAAAAUUGAAAUGACAGAUUUGCGUGUCUGAUGUGAAAUUGAUUUGGGUUUAUACUGUACAUGAUAUGUAUUGAAGAGAUUAAUGGAAGAAUUCUGAAAUUAUUGAAAGGAGACUGCUUAAAGAUGGUGGCUUUGGAGACUUUGUAAUUUAUUGUAACAUAUAUUUUUACUGGUCUUAGGUUUUUAUUGAGCAACAGUGUCGUAAUGCCCUACCCCACUUGGCAGGUAUGGGGAAGGUAGUUGAAUUUACUCUGGGUGGUGUGUGGGAGAAACAUUAACAUUCUCAAAAGGUUCAAUAAGAACUUCUGCUUGCAAAGUUUAGAAUAUUCCAAUUGAAUAAGAACUUGCCAAACUUUGACUUGGCAAUCCUUAACUUACCCAGACACAGUGCCAUUACCAGCUUAACUACUAGGUGGACUUAGUGGAAAUGUUCUUUUCAUGACUAAAGAAUAAUUUUAAAUUUUAAUUCCCAGUAUGAUGUUACACUAAAAAAAAACAAAGGUGUAAAGAAGGUGUAAGCAAAACAGUAUACCUUCUAGACCUUUGUGAGAUGACAGCUAAUUUUCUAAGGCAACUAUGUCUCUGAUCUUCAAUUACAUAUAUAUUGCCUUACACCUCUUCCCUCAGAAGCUGAGGGAUGAAACUCAUCAUCCAUCAGAAUGCAGCAACUCUUUAGGGUAACUCAUGUUCUUCUGAGUCACAGACACUGAACAAAACUGCUGACAAGAUACUGUCUGUAGCAAUUGCCACUCAAGUUUUUUUGGUGUGGUCAAGGUUGGUGCCAAAUCUGAAUUCACUUCCACACAGAAGAUCAAACACAGUUAUGUUCAGGAUGAUACAUUAAAAUAGGUAAUUUCCUGCUUUUUGCUUUCACUAUUUGCUUUCUUAGUUGGCUUUCCAAUGCCUUAAUUGUUCUAACACUUUAUCCAUUUACUCUUCAACCUGGCUUUAUAUGAAUAUUUUCUUUUUAGUUGCAGUCCUUUUUUAACAGGAAGUCUUAUCCAGAAGAGUCUCAUUACACAAAAAUGCAUUAUGUCCUCUUUUGAAUCUUAAAUUGUCAAAAACAUAUACAGUUAAAUUGAAUAAAUAGCUUUAUGGUGGCUCUGUUGGUUGGCAAUCAUCAAUAGUCAGUCUCAAGAAUAGCAGAAUAACAGCUGAUUGAGUAUCUUUGAUGUACUUUAUGAAAUGCUUGAUUACAUUCUUCAUUCUACAUCCUGAUUAGAGAAACCCACUAGCCUGUUUGUUUGAAGAUCUUAAAUUCUAGGUUUUGAUCUUUUGAGUGACACAGAGUGCUUUCAUCUGAUGUAAUUAGAUAUAGUUAGUAGGUGGGCAGCCCAAAACUUCAUUAAUUCUGCUACUGUUCUGUGAGUCAACAGAGACUUCAGAGCAAGUGCUUCCAGAUACUCUGCUGCAAUAUUAUUUGCUGUCAAAUGUGUAUAUUAGCAGCCUGCCAUAUUUCUGUUAUUUGCUGUUGGAAUUAGAACCAGCACAUGCGAACCUGUUUUUAUUAGAAUAUGAAAGCUGACAAGUUAUUUGGAGAGCAUCCUGAAGUUAGUUCUUGGUCCUGAAGGAAUACUGUAUGAAUUGUCCUUCCACAUCACUUAAUAGCUUUUCCCAAAGAAAUGUAUUGGCAGCCCUGACUUCAUGGUGAUCUAAUGUCUCCAGAAACAUCAUCAGCAUUUUUGGUACCUCGGUCUUUAACUAUGUUUAUUAAUUAAGACUUCUAUGCAUCAAAAAUCCAGUGUUUGUUGCUUACAAUCAUAGCAGACCUUUGUUUACUGUGGACUCUUCAUUUAUUCUGAAGUCUCAGAGCAAUAUUUUAUCAAAAGAGCAUGGAUUCUCUGUUUUGGCCUCUGCUAGGUGUCAUGUCCUUAUGUAGGUGGUAGCUUCUUUCCUGUUUAGAAAUGUUUCAUUUUCCUGGGUAUUAAAGAAUGUUAUCUUCCUUUUUCAUUCCACCUCCCUCUGUCCUGCUGUUUGAUGUGUGUAAGCUGUAUGAAAUUCCUAGGGUUUGUUUUGUCCCUUGCAGCUUCAUGCAGGUAAAGUUUGUACUGUUUUUCAUCCCUGCUACACUAUCAGUACAAAACCUGUUUAAAGCAGUUUAGUACCUCAGUUGUACAGCUGUUUUCUGCUGGCUCUGCUAUAUUAUACUUUACUGGGUUUUUUUUAAUUGUUGGGAGGGGGGGGAGGAUUUUUUUUUUUUUUUCUGGAAUUAAACUUUUAAUACUUAACUUAUGCUGACUUAUUAUAGCAAAGCAUUGUUCUACUUCUGUAGUACAUCCUCAUCACUGUGUUGGGUUUGUAGCCCAUAGCAUGAACAAAGUUUGUAAAGCCAGCGUCUUGUGGCAUAAACCGGUUUUGUUACCCUGAGGUCCUAGAUCUUAAGAUGGGGGUUUAGUUCUUUUGUUUUCCAUGCAAGUAAGCAGGUACCAAGCAUCUCACAGAAGUAGGUGGUUUGGGAAAAGAAUGUUUGUUUAUGUCAGAUGCAAAUUUUUUUAACCUCCCAUAUGGUAAAACCUCUGCCCAGUUGUAGUUGAAGCUGAGAUUAAUGAGACCAGGGUUCCAACUUGAAUAUUGAAAAACUAUUUGCUACCAGCUUACCUUUUUAUUACUUCAAAAUCAAUAUUCAGCAUUUUCCUGAAGCACUUUAAUGUUAAAUAUAUACUUUUUGAAUAUUUUAAUUCUGAUUUGUUGUGUCUUGUGAUCUAUAAACUGCAGAAGAGUCUUAGUUGAAGAUAUUACAGGGAAAAAAAUCAGAUAAUUUGUAGACUAAUCAAAGGAUAAUUAGUUUUACAUAUUAAUUACCUUGAUAAUUUGUCUUCAUAAGCAUUAUAUUUUUCAGGUUUAAACUCUACUUUAAGACAGGACUGCUACAUCUGAUUCUACUUCCUGCAGCAGAGGAAAUAAAACUUGUUUUGGAAUGUUUCUCUUUAAACAAAAGGGGAUUAGUAUUCAGCUACCAUUAGAAUGUACUUGUGUGUACAUUUUAAUGGUAUAUGUGCAUCAGUGAAAAGGAUAAAUGCUUAGAGUUUAAGGAAGUUAAAGAACCAGAACUUCUUUUCAGUCUUGGAUAAGAGUUACAGCCUUGUAUUACCAGUCUUCUUUGUGCUCUGUUGACUUUGUGUGCUACAUUAACAUUUUCAUUAUCAAAAAUCAAAAAAUGUAGGCAUAAAUGAAAACAGACUAAUUUAAUUAAUAAACAUACUAAAAAACUUCACAUUUCUUCAUUUGAAUGAGAAUUACUGGUUUCUACAAGGUGUGAUUCAGGAGGAAUUCAGAUGAAAGAAAUCAGAGAAUACUGAUUUUUAUUUCCACAAACCAUCACCAUUCCAUCUACUCUGUAUUAGGGAGGUCUUAUAUAAGUAACUUCAUAGAAGCCUUAAAAAUGGGAGUUUCUGUAAAAGAAAUGGAAGGGAUAGUAUUUGAUUCCUGACUUACAUGGAAAUACUCAUUUUUUUCAUGAGAUAUGAUGGACAAGGAUGAGCUCAGCAUUAGUAAAGAGAUGAUGUGAAGAAAGAUGAAAGAUAUGUAUUUUCUAAAUGCAGUCUAUUACAAUGUUCUCAUUUGAGAAUAUUAAUGCAAUUGUUAUCUGAAUUGUGUCAUUCUUAUGAAAACCAAGUUGACAAAUAAAUUAUACUU